CGGGGCGCGCACGGAGCCGCCGCCGCGGAGCCUCGUCGCUGCAGCGGGAGAGAUUAAUAGUAAGGAAAGGCGGAUAGAGUGGGAACGCAGCGGAGUCCGGCACCCAGCAGUGAAGGUUGACCAGACUGGAUCACUGUGACAGCAGCCACAACCAAGGACCCGACUGAAGCCUGUUUUGUACAUCCUGACUUCUGGAGGAGAACAAGUAUUCCCCUGAAGGCCUGGUCCCUCCAAGUGACAUACAGGACAAGCUUGACUACGAGGAGAUUCAUGGGACACACGGGCCAUUAAAGAUCAGAAAAGAUACUGGACUUCAAGUCCUGGACUUGUAAAGGAAUAAUUGGAUCAAGCAGCCUGGAGACCAUGGAGGGAGACUGCCUGAGCUGCAUGAAGUACCUGAUGUUUCUUUUCAAUUUCUUUAUAUUUCUGGGAGGAGCCUGCCUGCUGGGAGUCGGGAUCUGGGUCAUUGUGGAUCCUACAGGGUUCCGAGAGAUUGUGGCCGCCAACCCGCUCCUCUUCACGGGAGCCUACAUCAUGCUGGCCAUGGGAGCGAUGCUCUUUCUGCUGGGCUUCCUCGGCUGCUGCGGGGCCAUCCGCGAGAACAAAUGCCUCCUGCUUUUCUUCUUCAUGUUUAUUUUGUUAAUCUUCCUGGCAGAGCUUUCAGCUGCAAUCCUGGCUUUUAUCUUCAGAGAAAAUCUGACCAGGGAGUUCUUCACCAAGGAGCUGAAGAAACAUUAUCUGAGGAACAAUGACACGGAUGUCUUCUCUUCCACCUGGAACUCUGUUAUGAUCACAUUCGCCUGCUGUGGAGUGAAUGGACCAGAAGAUUUUGAAACUCUCUCUCACGUCCCACACUUACCUUUGGAAGAGGCGCCACCAGAGGCUUGUUGCCAGCGGCAGCUCCAGACACAGGAGGGGAUGUUUGUCGACAGGGACGCCUGCCUCGGAGGCGUGGAGAGGUUUCAGAAUCGGCAGGGCUGUUACACUGUGAUCCUGAACUCCUUUGAGACCUACGUGUACCUUGCAGGAGCCCUUGCCAUCGGCGUUUUGGCCAUUGAGCUUUUCGCCAUGGUCUUCGCCAUGUGUCUCUUCCGAGGGAUCCAGUAGGCAGAAGCCUAUGAAUCACCACGCUGCCCCACGUGCUCAGAAGAAAGAAG